AAGAAAGAAUAGAGGAAAGUUUAAUAAACAUCCCUCUGAACCAGGAAGAGAAGAAAAAAGUCCUUGCACUGUUGCUUGUAGAAAAAAACAUUUUUGCUAGUAGCAUAAGUGAUCUUGGCCAAAUGAACCUGGUGAUCUAUGAAAUAGAUGCUGGCAUAGCCACUUCCAUUAAACAAGCACUAUAUCGCGCUGCCCCUAGUGUACGAGCUUUUAUUAAGAUGGAGAUAGCCCAGUUAAAGGCAAAAAGAUUGGUUCGGAAUUUAAAAAGUCUCUGGGCAUCCCGUCAUGGUGAACACAGUUACCAAAAAGGAUGCAUUCCACUCCCCUGCAUAGACAACAACCUACUUGAAAUUUUUGGUCGCACCACUUGGUUUUCCUUUCUGGAUCUGUUGUCCAAGUAUUGGCAAGUAAAAAUUAUUGAAAAAAAUCAGAAAAAGACAGCUUUUGCGAUCCUGUUCAGUACUUAUGAGUUUGUAGUGAUGCCAUUUGUUUACCUUGAUGAUAUCAUAAUUUUUUCUACCACUUUCAAUGAGCAUCUGAGGCAUAUAGCAGCUGUUUUUGCUAAACUAAGUGCU